UUGGGCAUUUGCUCCUUUGGAAAGAAAAAAAAAACUUACAUAACUGUUCUCUUCCCUACAAACGCAUUUGAGAUCUGAAUCUAACAAGAGCAGAGAGUUCAUUUGAGAAAACGUUCCCAACCGGAAGAUAGCAAAAAUGGCGUCAACAGGACCAGACCCAUUGUUCGGAUUGAGAAACAACUUCUACAUAGGGGCGUACCAAGCAGCCAUUAACAACAGCGAUGUACCCAAUCUCUCCGCUGACGAUGCUGUCGAAAGGGACACCCUUGUUUACAGAUCUUACAUUGCACUUGGCAGUUACCAGCUUGUGAUCAAUGAGAUUGAUGACUCUGCUGCUACACCUCUUCAAGCUGUCAAAUUGCUUGCUUUGUACCUUUCUAGCCCUGAUAACAAGCAGGAAACAGUAAUCACAAGCCUUCAUGAAUUAUUAGGAGAUUCAGCCAUCGGAAACAAUCCUAUCUUACGGCUUAUUGCUGGGAUUGUAUUCAUGCAUGAGCAGGAUUACAAUGAAGCUUUGAAGCAUACAAAUGCUGGAGGGACGAUGGAAUUGCAUGCUUUGAAUGUCCAGAUAUUCAUUAAGAUGCAUAGGUCCGAUUAUGCAGAGAAACAGUUGAGAAUCAUGCAACAAGCGGAUGAAGAUCAUACCCUAACUCAACUUGCAAAUGCAUGGCUAAAUUUGGCAGUGGGUGGUUCAAAGAUACAAGAAGCUUAUCUUAUCUUCCAAGAUUUCUCAGAGAAGAACCAGAUGACAAGCCCAAUCCUGAAUGGGAAGGCUGUUUGCUGCAUGCACAUGGGGAAUUUUGACGAAGCUGAGACACUGUUGCUUGAAGCCCUAAACAAGGACACAAAGGAUUCAGAGACGCUGGCCAAUUUGGUUGUCUGCAGUCUUCACCUUGGGAAACCAUACACACGCUAUCUCAGCCAGUUGAAAAUAUCACAUCCAGAUCACAUGCUUGUUGGGCGUGCAGCUUCUGCUGAAGAAAUUUUUGACAGAGCAGUCCAAACUGUUGCUUGAAGAAUGAACCUUGUCAUGUUCUACUUCUGAUCCUUUAUGGCCACCGUGAUUGUUGCGUGUCACUUUACCAUCCUACUAGAGAAAUGCAACAAGCAAACGCAGAAGCUGAGUCUUCUAGUAUAUCGAAUGUUUCAUACAUAAUGCAGAAUACCUCUAGUUAUUAUUCAUAAUCUUCUAUUUCAUUUUUUGUUUCCAAUAAUGGAAAUACUUAAAAGACUGGUAUACAAGCAUAGAAGUUGCAAUUAUACUACCGUGUCUUGGUCAACAACAUACUUCAGAAAUCCUUUUAAGGUCACCUUUGGUGUUUGUGCUUCAGUUUAGUAGGAUAACAAGUUUUUCAGCAUACCUGAUA